AUGGCUGGACACACUGAAGAUCACAGCUACCAUCCUAAGGAUGCGAUCCAGGCGACAAUGAAGACCACCAUGCUCACUGGUGGGGUGGGUCUCUUCGCCUCGGCAGUUCAGAACACCCUCACCAGGAAGAACGUUGGGCCAUUCGGUGUCUUCGUAAGAAGCGGCAGCACAAUCGGUAUCUUCGCGGCAAUGGGAGGUACCUAUGAGUUCGUGAAGACUGCGUCCGCCAACCUGCGGGAGAAGGAGGAUCACUGGAACGUCGCAUUGGGUGGUUUCUUCUCUGGUGCAAUCUUGGGUCUACGAGCUCGGACUUUCCCCGCCCUUCUCGGUUACGGUGCUGCACUGGCAACCGCCAUGGGCACUUUCGAAUACACCGGCGGAUCGUUGUGGGGUUAUAAGAAGAACGCCGAUAUUGACGAGUUCGAGCGUCGGGAGCAAUUGCGGAAGUCAUACAGAACCUCCGGCGAGCAGACCCUUGCCGAAUUGGGAGAGGGACGAGGACUCUAUGGCCCUGGCUACGCCGAGAGACGGGCACAGAGAAUCAAGGAAGCAUACGGCAUCGAGGUCCCCACAUCCCAGGCUCCCGCUUCAUGA